AUGUCUUCAACAACGCCCGUCUCCCACCUCCCCCAGUCCGAGAUUGACGCCAUAAUCCGUACGAAGAGAAAAGUGCGCGAACCGAAGGCAUGCUACCCGUGUCACACUCGAAAGGUGAAAUGCGAUCGCAACUUGCCCUGCGACGGGUGUGUAAAACGAGACCAUGCAGAUCUAUGCUCCUAUGAACGCCCCUCCAAAAAGCGCCAUGUGAAUACCCCUCCUCCCCAUGACUCCGAGGACAUGUCGAAAAAUCUUGAGGGCUCUGGAAAUGUCUCGGUUGGAGACGUUGAAAUGCAUAGUAUGGCGGCUGAGCAGGAGAGAGUAUCGAUAUCACGGGCUGAGUGGGAGAGCGUUUGUUCAAAAUUGAAAGAUAUGGAGCGUGCCAUGUCUUCACUUCGAAUGGAAAUGGAAAAGGUUGACAGUACUGCAUUGGUGUCACCGGAGCCUCUUAGUGAACAGGCCCGCCUCCCUCGUGACGAGCCCUUAUCGGAUCGUGAAGGAAUUCAUACAAAAAAUGUGUACGGAGGCGGGACUGUUCAUCUGGGAUCUAGAUCAGUUCUUGCUUAUUUGCUUGGAGGAUCUCCCAAGGAGGCCACUCAAGCAUUACUGGAGGGCGGCAUACUUCCGAAGUUAGGUCUGGACAAUGAGACUGCUACAUAUCCAUUUAUCGACCUCUGGUCCUCUGAUUCAACCACAUACGACAUCAGGUCUGUUUGUGCUGCUAUCCCAGAUGAUAAACAGUGCCGCAGACUGUUCAAGUACUACCGUGACAUUGCGGCAUUAAUCUAUCCUGUACUUUCUGAUCUUGAUUGCUUUGAGGAGAACUUAGAGCUAUGUCUUCGGAACAGGGCUGCUUUUGGGAUUAGCGAACAUGACGGUGAUGAAUUGAGUAAGCCCUUUGGUAUGCCCACAGCGUUUGUGGGCUUGCUAUUCGCUGUGCUAGCCGCAGGCUGCCAGUCGUCUGAUAUGCCAGGAAAGGAACGUGAAUUGACUUCCCAGGUAUAUGUUUGCUGUGCUUAUCAAUUUUUACGAGCAACGAACUUCGUAUCCCGACCAACUUUGGACGCAAUACAGACUCUCUUAAUCAUUGGGAAUGUUCUUUCGUAUAAUAUGAAUCCUGGGGUAUCAUAUAUACUUUUAGGAAUGAGCCAUCGAAUGGGCAUGGUUCUCGGUCUCCAAGUUGAGUCGCAUAAAUUCUCACCCGCUCAGCAGUAUGCCAGACGGGUUGUAUGGUGGGCAACUGCGUGGCAAGAUAGUCACUUCUCGCUAUCAUACGACAGACCAUCUGCAAUGGCGUUUAGCCACCCAGAUAUUCCCUAUCAUCCAGACUCGCAGCCUGGAAAGAGAUCUUUCUUUGAAACUAUCUGCCAACUUAUAGCCUUAACCUUAAAUAUAGUUAAAAGUCGCAUGCUCUCAACAGGCUCGCAGGUUCCGUUUUCCACGAUACAGACAUGCAGGUCGGAACUCAAACGAAUAUUGGCCGAUACAGCGCCCUAUCUUCGUGAUCCUUUAUGCUGUGUCUCGUCUAACCAGAAUAUUGAGAGACUGGGCCUAAAGUUACACUCCUCGUACCUUACAUCAGAGAUCUGUCGCCCCUCAUUAAGGCCAAAUGCCGAUCUCAACGAUGCUACAACUAUUGCACUACGAAAAGAUUGCAUUGCUGCUCUAUCACGGACGGUAGAAGCGUACGUCGAGAUGUACUCAGUGAACCGCCAAGCUGCUCGAUCAUGGAUUGGCCUUCAGCGGGCCAUUAGUAGCGCCUUUUUACUGGCCGUUGUUGGCGAAUCCAAGACCGACCCUAAUAUCUGGACUUUACUCCGGCGAUUAGAGGGUGUUCUUACAGAACGUGCAAAAGAAGACGACAUCUCACCGAUGAGUCCGAAAGCUGGAGCUGAGAGUUCCCCUACUUUCGCCGCAGGUUCAUCAAACAUGGGAUCUCUAGAGAGUGCUUAUGAUCCCACUGCCGCGGUGGCCCCGAAUAAACAAGCCACGGAUAUACCCACAGACACGGAAACUCAAUGGGCCAAGCCGCUAAUCAAAUCCCUACGUGCCCUUCAAAAGUUAAAUGCAGCAUUGUUGGUACACCUCAGGCAGCAUGGUGUGAUCACUGGGUCUGUUAGCGGCUUCAAUCCUGCUCCAAUAUACACUCAACCCGUUACGGGAGGUGUAGGGGCCUCGGUUGCUGCCUCUACAAGAUCUGGCUCGAUUCCACCUCCUACCCCAGAGAGCUCUGCCAGUGGAGAUUGGAGUUUCCCAACCCUGGUUGACCGCGCAGCAGAGUACAUAGAUCCACCCUUAUGGCCAUGA